AUGGAUUGUCCCUCUGCUGAGCUCUAUGCUGAGCCCUCUGCUGAGCCCUCUGCUGAGCCCUCUGCUGAGCCCUCUGCUGAGCCCUCCGCUGAGCCCUCCGCUGAGCCCUCCGCCGAGCCCUCCGAUGAGCCCUCCGCUGAGCCUUCUGCUGAACCAUCUGCUGAGCCAUCUGCUGAGCCCUCUGCUGAGCUCUAUGCUGAGCCCUUGGCUGAGCCCUCCGCUGAGCCCUCCGCUGAGCCCUCCGCUGAGCCCUCCGCUGAGCCAUCUGCUGAGCCCUCUGAUGAGCCUUCUGCUGAGCCCUCUGCUGAGCUCUGUGCUGAGCCCUCUGCUGAGACCUCUGCUGAGCUCUAUGCUGAGCCCUCUGCUGAGCCUUCUGCUGAGCCAUCUGCUGAGCCCUCUGCUGAGCUCUAUGCUGAGCCCUCUGGUGAGCCCUCUGCUGAGCUCUAUGCUGAGCUCUAUGCUGAGCCCUCUGCUGAGCUCUAUGCUGAGCCCUCUGCUGAGCCAUCUGCUGAGCCAUCUGCUGAGCCCUCUGCUGAGCCCUCUGCUGAACUCUAUGCUGAGCCCUCUGGUGAGCCUUCUGCUGAGCUCUAUGCUGAGCCCUCUGCUGAGCCCUCUGCUGAGCCCUCUGCUGAGCUCUAUGCUGAGCUCUAUGCUGAGCCCUCUGCUGAGCUCUAUGCUGAGCCCUCUGCUGAGCCCUCUGCUGAGCCCUCUGGUGAGCCCUCUGCUGGGCUCUAUGCUGAGCCCUCUGCUGAGCUCUAUGCUGAGCCCUAUGCUGAGCCCUCUGCUGAGCUUUAUGCUGAGCCCUCUGCUGAGCCCUCUGCUGAGCUCUAUGCUGAGCCCUCUGCUGAGCUCUAUGCUGAGCCCUCUUCUGAGCCCUCUGCUGAGCUCUAUGCUGAGCCCUCUGCUGAGCUCUAUGCUGAGCUCUAUGCUGAGCCCUAUGCUGAGCCCUCUGCUGAGCUCUAUGCUGAGCCCUCUGCUGAGCCCUCUGCUGAGCCCUCUGCUGAGCUCUAUGCUGAGCCCUCUGCUGAGCUCUAUGCUGAGCCCUCUGCUGAGCCCUCUGCUGAGCUCUAUGCUGAGCCCUCUGCUGAGCCCUAUGCUGAGCCCUCUGCUGAGCUCUAUGCUGAGCCCUAUGCUGAGCCCUAUGCUGAGCCCUCUGCUGAGCCCUCUGCUGAGCCCUAUGCUGAGCCCUAUGCUGAGCUCUAUGCUGAGCCCUAUGCUGAGCCCUCUGCUGAGCUCUAUGCUGAGCCCUCUGCUGAGCUCUAUGCUGAGCCCUCUGCUGAGCCCUAUGCUGAGCCCUCUGCUGAGCCCUAUGCUGAGCUCUAUGCUGAGCCCUCUGCUGAGCCCUAUGCUGAGCCCUAUGCUGAGCCCUAUGCUGAGCUCUAUGCUGAGCCCUCUGCUGAGCCCUAUGCUGAGCCCUAUGCUGAGCUCUAUGCUGAGCCCUAUGCUGAGCCCUAUGCUGAGCUCUAUGCUGAGCCCUAUGCUGAGCCCUAUGCUGAGCUCUAUGCUGAGCCCUCUUCUGAGCCCUCUGCUGAGCCCUCUGCUGAGCUCUAUGCUGAGCCCUCUGCUGAGCCCUCUGCUGAGCCCUAUGCUGAGCCCUCUGCUGAGCUCUAUGCUGAGCCCUAUGCUGAGCCCUAUGCUGAGCCCUCUGCUGAGCCCUCUGCUGAGCCCUAUGCUGAGCCCUAUGCUGAGCUCUAUGCUGAGCCCUAUGCUGAGCCCUCUGCUGAGCUCUAUGCUGAGCCCUCUGCUGAGCUCUAUGCUGAGCCCUCUGCUGAGCCCUAUGCUGAGCCCUCUGCUGAGCCCUAUGCUGAGCUCUAUGCUGAGCCCUCUGCUGAGCCCUAUGCUGAGCCCUAUGCUGAGCCCUAUGCUGAGCUCUAUGCUGAGCCCUCUGCUGAGCCCUAUGCUGAGCCCUAUGCUGAGCUCUAUGCUGAGCCCUAUGCUGAGCCCUAUGCUGAGCUCUAUGCUGAGCCCUAUGCUGAGCCCUAUGCUGAGCUCUAUGCUGAGCCCUCUUCUGAGCCCUCUGCUGAGCCCUCUGCUGAGCUCUAUGCUGAGCCCUCUGCUGAGCCCUAUGCUGAGCCCUCUGCUGAGCUCUCUGCUGAGCCCUAUGCUGAGCCCUCUGCUGAGCUCUAUGCUGAGCCCUAUGCUGAGCUCUGUGCUGAGCCCUCUGCUGAGCCCUCUGCUGAGCCCUAUGCUGAGCCCUAUGCUGAGCCCUAUGCUGAGCCCUCUGCAGCUGCUGAGAAACAGGAAAAUAAAAAAGACGUCUCUGAGUAA